GGGCACAGCCAUGAACCGCUUCCAUGGGCUCUGCAAGGUGUGCUCGGAGCCGCGGUACCGGCAGAUCACCAUCCCUCGGGGCACUGACGGCUUUGGCUUCACCAUUUGCUGCGAUGCCCCAGUCCGUGUGCAGGCUGUGGACUCUGGUGGCCCAGCAGAGAAGGCAGGGCUGCAGCAGCUGGACACGGUGCUGCAGCUGAACGAGCAGCCUGUGGAGCACUGGAAAUGUGUGGAGCUGGCCCACGAAAUCCGGAACUGUCCCUCGGAGAUCAUCCUGCUGGUGUGGAGGCUGGUGCCGCAGGUGAAGCCGGCCCACGAGGCCAUGCCCCGCCGCUCCUCCUGCAAAUCCGCCUACGACCUGCAGUCCCCGCCGCAGAAGCGGGAGAAGAGCGGCCCCGCGCAGGCCGAGCAGCGCCGCAGCUGCCACAUCCUGUACGACGGCACCGAGGGGCUGGGGCUGCACUCCUGGGACAGGUACACGGAGCUGGGCAAGCGGGGCCCGAACACCCUGCCCGCCCUGUCCCGGGUGCCCUCGGCUGCCGACCAGAACUACAUCAUCCUGGCGCCGCUGAACCCCGGCAGCCAGCUGCUGAGGCCCGUGUACCAGGAGGACAGCACCGCUGUGGGAAAUGGCUCCAAAGGGAAAUCCCACACGGGCUCUGGGAGGAAAUCCAGGCUGAUGAAGACUGUGCAGAGCAUGAAGAGCUAUGGGAACUACCAGAACUGCACCAUCGUGAGGCCGCACAUCCCCCAUUCCUACGGCACCUACGUGACCCUGGCCCCCAAAGUGCUGGUGUUCCCCAUCUUUGUGCAGCCCCUGGAUCUUUGCAACCCAGCCCGGACUCUGCUGCUGUCGGAGGAGCUGCUCCUUCUCGAGAGCAGGAACAGAACCACACAGGUGACUCUCUUUGUCUACUCCGACCUGCUGCUCUUCACCAAGGAGGACGAGCCCGGGCGCUGCAACGUGCUGAGGAACCCUCUGUACCUGCACAGUGUCAAGCUCCAGGAGGGUUCAGAAGAUCGCAAGUUCUGCAUCCUUUACCUGGCAGAGAAGUCGGAGUGCUUAUUAAGUUUGGAGGCUUACUCCCAGGAGCAGAAGAAGAGGAUCUGCUGGUGUCUGGCUGAGAACAUCACCAAGCAGCAACAUCCGGCAGCGGCUCCUACGGAGAGCAAGAUGCUGGAGACGGACGCCGAGAAGCCGGGGCAGAUGCCCUCGGAGGAUGGGAAGGCAGCAGUGGGUGAUGCCCCUCUGGCUGCCAAGGCAGCGGCUCUGGCCGAGCCCUGGGACGCUCUGGGGGCCACCCAGGCUCCUCUCCCGGCAGAAAAGCAGCCGGUGGCCACGGCAAAGGGAGAGGAGCAGCCCGGCCCCCUGCCCGCCUUUGUGAUCCCCGAGCUGCGGCUGGACAGCACCUUCAGCCAGAGCGCCGCGGGCACGGGCGGCGCCACGGACGGCGAGGACGAGGAGGAGGAUGAGGAGGAAGAUGAGGACGAGGAGGACGAGGAGGAGGAGGAGGACAGCGACGAGCAGUACCUGGAGAGGAACGAGCUGAAGCGCAGCAGCAUGAUCGAGACGGGCGGGCAGGCCGGCUACACCCUGAGCGUGCAGGGCUCGCUGCGGCGCCGCACGCACAGCGAGGGCAGCCUCCUGCAGGAGAGCAAGGGCCACUGCUUCACCUCCGACACCACCCUGCACUGCCCCGACAGCCAGGGCACCGCCGCACGCUGGGCCCUGCCCUCCCCCAGGACCCUCAAGAAGGAGCUGGUCAAGAACGGCGGCUCCAUCCACCAGCUCACCAUGCUCUUCUCGGGCCACAGGAAGCUGAGUGGAGCAGACCCCGAGUGCAGCUGUGACGAAGGGGACGAGACCUCCCGCAAGAAGCGCAGCAAGAGCCUAGCCAAGGACAUGAAGAACCGCCUGGGGAUUUUUCGGCGGCGGAACGAGUCCCCCGGAGCCAACCCUUCGGGCAAGCUGGACAAAGUGCUCAAAUCGCUCAAGCCCACUCCUGAGGAAGCACUCAAAUGGGGGGAUUCUCUGGAGAAGCUGCUGCUGCACAAAUACGGGCUCGCUGCCUUCAGGGCCUUCCUGCGCACCGAGUUCAGCGAGGAGAACCUGGAGUUCUGGCUGGCCUGUGAGGAGUUCAAGAAGAUCAAAUCCCAGUCCAAGAUGGUGUCCAAGGCCAAGAAGAUCUUUGCUGAGUACAUUGCCAUCCAGUCCUGCAAGGAGGUCAACCUGGACUCCUACACACGGGAGCACACCAAGGAGAACCUGCAGAACAUCACCCGCAGCUGCUUCGACCUGGCACAGAAGAGGAUUUAUGGGCUCAUGGAGAAGGACUCGUACCCUCGCUUCCUCCGCUCCGACCUCUACUUGGACAUAAUCAACCAGAAGAAGGGCAGCUCCCCGCUGUAGGCCCAAGGACUGUCUGGGGCAGGCUGGGAGCUGUGUGUUUACAUGGAAUUGGGCAGUGGAGGCCUUCCCAGGAGCUGGUGGGAGCUCGCUGUGCUGCUCGUGCCCCAGGCCGUACGGACAGGGGGCAGCUGAAGGAACUGAGCCGGGCAGGCUGGCACUGCUGCAGCCCCACCAUCGCUGGUACGACGCCUUCGGGGUGGCCCCGGCGUGGAUUUAGCCUGGAGGGAAGCUCCCACAAGAUACUGUGAAGCACCUGCCCCAGCCAGGAGCGUUGCUGGAAGGUGGAGAGUGAGCCCAGCUCGGCAAGGAGGGGAUCUUGUGCAGGGCUCUGGCAGGGGGACAGCAGCACCGACACAGAUGUGGUCCUGGAUUAAAGCCUUGUGAACUGGAGCAGUCCCGGGAUGCUGCUGUGCUUCCCUGUGGGCCUCCUCCUUCCCUCCUGGGGCCUCUGGCAGGAGCCCGGCGCUUCCUUGGCUCGUGGUGGGUCCCCCUGGAGCAGCGAGAGCCGGGCCCUUGCCCUGUGCUGGAGGGUGCCAAGCACCCCCUCCUGCCCUCACCCCUGGUUUAUUUAUUGCCCUCCUGUAGCUGGACACGUUGCUGUGUGCUAGGAAAGCCCCGUGUCCUCCCCGUCCCCAAGUUACAAGUGCAAUAUUUGUGUGUGUCGCGGCCGAUUCUCUGGCGGAGUGGAUGCCUUUUUCUUUUUGCAGGUGUGUAGAUUUUGUAAGGUAGCAGGUUUUGUGUGCCAGACCCAUUCCCUGGCAGCGGGCCGCUGGGGGAGCCUGGUGUAAAUAUCAAUUACUGAUGCCCUGACGACGGAGGGUUUGGUGGUGGAGGAAAGCAGAAAAGCAACUCUGAGCAGCAGCCGCUCUCCUGACUCUGGAUAACAAUGCUGUGUUGGGAAGCAGGGGUUCCUGCUGGCCCUGGCAGGGCAGGGUGCACUGCCUGCCUCCCAGUUUACAGUGCAAAGCAUCUCUGCAGCUAGAAACAAACCUACAUUGUCAUGGUCAUAGGUAAAUAAA